AUGGCCGACGGCGGUAAUCUGACGUGGGCCGAGCGCAUGAACUACACGUUCGGUAAUGACGCCCUGUACCACGUGAACACGUCCACGAUCGAGCGGAUCGUCUCGAUGAUGGUGCCCGUCUUUUUCGGCUUCAUCGGCCUGGCCGGCCUCCUCGGUAACGGGCUGGUAGUACUUGUGGUGGCCGCCAACCAGAGCAUGCGAUCGACGACCAACCUGCUGAUCAUCAACCUGGCCGCCGCCGACCUGCUGUUUGUGGUGUUUUGCGUCCCGUUCACGGCCGUCGACUACGUCCUGCCCGAGUGGCCAUUCGGCGAGUAUUGGUGCAAGUUUGUCCAGUAUAUGAUCGUCGUGACGGCACAUGCCAGCGCGUACACGCUCGUGCUGAUGUCACUGGACCGCUUCCUGGCCGUCGUGCAUCCCAUCACCAGCAUGUCAAUCCGCACGGAACGGAACGCCUCGAUUGCCAUCUGUGUCACGUGGUUCAUUAUCCUGACGACGGCCAUUCCAGUGGCGGUCUCGCACGGUGUCCUGUUCUACCCACGGCAGGGUGGCUACUACACGGCCUGCCUGUUCCUGCACAACGAGGGCUACAGUUUGGUGGCCUUUCAUGUAUCGUUUUUCCUGUCGUCGUACGUGGUGCCACUCUCGCUGAUAUCCUUCCUGUACAUGGGAAUGCUCAUCCGGCUCUGGAAGGGCGCACCAGGUGGCCGGGCUUCGGCGGAAUCGAGGAGAGGCAAAAAGCGUGUCACCCGAAUGGUCGUCGUCGUCGUCCUGGUGUUUGCCUUCUGCUGGUGCCCCAUUCAGGUGAUCCUGCUGCUGAAGUCGCUGAAGCUGUACGAGCUCACCCACGCUAGCAUCAUUUUUCAAAUCGUGUCCCACGUGCUGGCCUAUACCAACUCCUGCAUUAACCCGGUACUUUACGCCUUCCUUUCGGACAACUUCCGGAAAGCGUUCCGCAAGGUGGUGUGGUGUGGCCGGCCACCGCCACUGACCAUCCAGCCGGCGGCACAGACGAAAACCACGCGCACCACCGGCAACGGCACGUCGAACGCGGACGGCUUAUGA